UGUUGUUUUAAGGACGUGACUAGUCACCUAAAGAGUGUUGGGGUUGCAACAGGAGGCUCUUACCGGCAUUUUAGUUUGGGUGAACCUAUGAAAGAAGGUCAACUUAUUUUGUAUAGAGUCGGCCUAUUUGAUGAUCGUUUGUACAGGGAUGUUACAGUGUGUCCACAUCAUCGUUACAAACUGGGAAUAUACUUUAAACAAAAUAAAACAUGCAGCCACCCAUCUCAUUCUGGUAAUGGUAAAGCAUACAGAGGUAUAACAGUUCAAGAAAGUCGGGAUGUUUUGCAAUCUUUUGGUGUCCUUCUUCCAGUAGGUACAGGAUUAUGCAGAAGUUGCAGCAAAAAAGUAGCUCCUUCAACAAUUGAGGAUACAAAAGAUUUGGACACAACAGAGGAAGAAAAGACAGAAACAUCUAGCUGUUUAAGCAUAAUGAAUAUUGAUGGUGAAUCUUCUGCAAAGACAGAUACACAACCCAGUUCAGCUGAUACUGAUUUCCUGACAUUCAGUCAAGAUGAUGAUGACUCCAUUGCAAAGACAGAAACACAGCCCAGUACAGCCGAAACUGACUCCAUGACCUUCAGUCAAGAUUUAUCUCAAACUUCUAGCUGGAGUACAGAUGAAAAGAAAGGGGACAUUCUUCUAGAUGAUGUCAACACUGCCCUGUCGUUAUUGUCUAAUGGUAAGAUGAGUCCAUUGAAAUAUCAAGUCAGAACAGAUAUAGCCUCAUUACAUCCUUCAUCAAAACGUAUGCUUAAACGUAAAGCUACAACUGCCAUUGAAGCAUUGAUGGAUUGUUUAGCUCCAGGUCAAGCAAGUGAGCUAACGGAGUUGAUAAAGAUGGAGAAACAGCAUUCACCAGUCCCUGAUUUAACAAACACAAUUGUAAAAUUGUAUGAGAAUACCAAUGAUUGCCACAUGAAAAAACAGAUGUUGUCAAUGUUGGCAAAAGAUUACACCAAGAAACAACUACAGGAAAUGAUUCCAGGCUUGACUGUUUAUGGUAUAGACCAGGCACGUCUACAUGCUUCAGUGCAUGGAGAAGGUUCACAAGUUCCAAAACAAAUUAAGCAAAACCGUCAAAGACUACCACAGUGGAAGGUUGCUCAUGCUUUGGAUUUCUUCUUCAAUCCUCUAUUUCAUCAGGUCAGCUCAUAUGGAACCAAAGAGAUGAAACUGAAUACUGGAGAAAAGAUUUUAAUACCAGAAGUGGUUCGAACUGUUUGCCAUGCCAACUUGGUCCACAUGUACCAAGCCUUUUGUAAAGAAGCAGAUGUUGAUCCACUAUCUAGAUCGUCUCUUUUUGAAAUUUUGAGGGUUUGUCCAGCUUCCAAAAGAACAAGUUUGAGAGGCCUAGAUAAUAUUGCCACUGAUGGAUCCACAGCUUUUGACACUUUAGAUGAAGUUAAAAAGCAGCUUAAACUUUACUUAACUGACCCUGAAGUACACAAUGAUUUAGAGAAGACUGAGCAAGAUCUCCAUUUAUUUAAACUAUAUAUAAAAACUGACUUUAAACUGCAUACAUCAUUAGCUGACCAGUGCCCUGACCACUGCAUUAUGUUCGCAUUGUCUGAUCCAAAAGAUCAAACACUUCAAAAUAAAUGUACCCACAGUCAUAACAUGGUUUGUGAUAGAUGUGAGCUGUUCUCCAGGUCUAUAAUCAAUCUCAAAAGAGUUACAUCUGAAGAGAAAGAUAUUCCAGUGGAACUUAAGUCUGAACUUCUUCAGGAUAUUGAAGUAGGAGAAAGCAAUAUCUUGUCUUGGAAGCAGCACUUGGUUCGUUGUGCCAAUCAAGAUAGAUGUAGACAAGCUCUUCUAGGCAGUUUGAAGAAAGAAGAAGUUUUUAUUAUAAUGGACUGGGCGAUGAAAUUCCUGCCCUUGUCAUUUAGGGAAAAACAGUCUGACUGGUAUGCACAAAAAGGCAUAAAUUGGCAUGUGUGUGUGUGCAUUUUCAAAGAUGAUGAAUCAAAUUUGAAGCAUAGGACCUAUACCCAUAUCUUUGACCAGGUGAAGCAAGAUUGGUUUGCUGUUGUGUCUGUGUUGGAACACACAUUAAGAACAGUGAUGAAACAACUCCCCUGUAUUACAACAGCUUACCUCAGAAGUGAUAAUGCAGGCUGUUAUCAUUGUGGAAACACAUUGUUAUCCCUUGAUGGGAUUUCAGAAAGAACUGGAAUCACCAUAAAGAGAUAUGACUUUAGUGAGGCGCAGGAUGGUAAAUCCUAUUGUGAUGCCAAGAUUGCCCAUCUAAGAUGUAAGAUUCGUCAAUAUGUUUCUUCUGGGAAUAAUGUUAAAACAGCAGGCGAUAUGAAGAACGCCAUAGAUUCUUUGGGUGGUGUAAUGGGCUGUCAAUCUGCACACGUCCAGAUAAAUUCCCAAGUAGCUGGAGAAGCCAAUAAGAUCAAGAAUACAUGGAAAGGAAUAUCAAAGAUCUCAAAUAUAGAGUUACGAGAAAAGCAGAUCAUUGCAUUUAAAGCUUUUGGAGUUGGUUGUGGGAAUGUGAUGCCAGAAGAGCAAUUGAAAAAGAUCUGUCCUUCCCCACUGUCUGCAACAGAAAUCGUUGUCAUUUCUGACUUUGUUGUACCAAAAAAGGAAGCAGGCAGCAUUACUUUCAAAGCCCAUGAUUUGGUUACUGAUACUAUUGCUGUGGAAUUACCUGUUGACAGCAACCACAAUGAGACCAUGCAACCAUUAUCCAAUAGUAUAUUCACAUGUAUAGAACCUUGUUGCUCAAGAGUGUUCCAGACUUACUCUGGUCUUGAGUCCCACAUACUACUGGGAAACCACCAAAUUAAGUUAAAUAGAAUUUCCACUUAUGACAACAUCAAAAUAAAAUGGAAAGAGUCCUGCUUGAACAUUGCAGAACAUGCUACAGUGUCCAGAGAUUCAAAACUGACUCCAGGUUCACCAUCUUCUGAUAUGGGUUGGGCAAUAAAGAAGGAUAGAAAAAAUCAGAGAUUCACAGAAAAUGUUAAAACUUACCUAAGAGCGAUUUUCAACGCUGGUGAACAAAGUGGUAGGAAAUCCAAUGCAGACGAUGUCUCUAGAAACAUGCGUGUUUGUAGAGAUGAAAAUGGAAACAAAAUGUUUCAACCGGAUGAAUGCCUUCAACCAAGCCAAAUUGCUUCUUUUUUCUCUCGUCUGUGUGUUAUGACCAGAAAUACAAGACCACAACAAACACUUGACGAUGAAGAUUUGGAGCCGGCCCUUAAUUUGAUUGACGCUAUGGAGGCUAUGGAUGUUUUAAAUUCAUGAUUUGCAUAAAUAUGUACAUUUAUUUACAACUGAUAAUGUGUGAUAGUUAUUUACUAAACAACAAAAGGAAAGCACCAUAGUUCUCAAUCUAGUUCUGCUAAACAGAUUUUUUUCUCUUAAGAUAUCACCUUUUCAAACAAAAAGUUUAACUUUUUUACUUAAUUUUCUUCAAACUCAUAAAUAAAUUUUUACAAGAUAUGCAUAAGAAAAACAAUAUUCCUUAUUGUUAUGGCCAUUUAUCUCCUGAGGCUUAUUUGAUUAAUGAAACUUGAGUUUUCACUCAGACCUCUAAAAUUUAAAUUGCAAAAUUGACAUGCUGUAAAAAUUCUGGAAAACUGAUAUUUUGGUAUCUUUUACUAUACCCACAGGAAAAUAACAGUUUAUGUUAAUGUGCGUUGAAUAUAGCUCAUAGGUUUGUUCUGACAUUUUCUGUGAAUAUUGUUUAUUAAUAAUCUGAGUGCUUACCAAACAUUUUGUGAUUCAGUUAACAAAAUGCUCGCUAUUUUAACAUUAAAUAAGUUGAAUUUAGUUAAAGCAUGAAUGGAAACAUGUAUUUCGAGGAAUUUAAUCAUUUCCAAAGGGACAUAACUCCAAUACAGUUUGUACACAUUAUAUCGACAAAUUCAACCUUAAACUGUAAUAUGUGAUCUUUAACUUGCAUACAAAAUGUUUAUAAACAAAAUUAAGACCUGGGAGUAAAUGUCAGGAAAAUAAUAUUUCGGUAAGAUUUGGUAUUCUAAAAAUAAAAUGUAUCAACAUCAGACUCAAACUUUAUCUAUAACUUGACACUG